AUGGGCACAAGUCGUUUGGAUGAAGCAAUUUAUGUGAAUAAAUUAUUGCCUGUUGUUUGCAAAUUAUUAAAUGUGGCUGACGAUGGUGUAACGGUACAACAUGUUCGACAAUUAGCAUCUCAUGUUUUAUUCGUACUAAGUGUCAACAAUUUUAGUACACUUUUCAAAAGUUGUUUCACGCGAUUUAAAACAGAAUGUUUGAUUGCAUCUGGUGACGAAACAUGUGAAGCUGGUGAUUUGGAUUUAAUCCAACAUAUGAAGGUUGAUAUGAGCAAACUAACAAGACUUUUAAAUGAGGAAGUACAAAAAUGGAGAUUAUUGAAGAAAAUACAUCAUAUUGAACUUGUUAAAAGUGUGGAAAAAGCUAUAUGGAAUUGGUUAGACACAUAUCCCGAAGAGUUUACAGAUUUACAAAAACGUCCGAGUGCAGAAUUAAGUGAUAAUUGUGAAACAUUAUUUGAAUUAUUAGAUAUAUUUCAAGAGAAUAAUAAACGUAAAGUCCAAUAUAUAUGUCCUUUGCAAAUGAUGCUCUUAGUUUUAUGUCCCAUCAUUUUGGAAGAAUUAGUUUACUCUAUUGAAAAAGGUUGUCCAUGUUCACAAGAACAUUUAAGAAAGCGUAAUUUUGUCGAUAAUCUUAAACGACAACUUCACUCCAAUGUUAAACAGCACAGAGAAGCAGCAGCUGUAAUCACAUUUGUUAAAUUAUGCAAAGCAUCAACAUACACUAAUAAUAAAGAUAGUAACAAUGUUCUAUUCGUUUCAGUACAAUCCGUUAUCGGAGAUUUAAAAUCAAUAUUAUUCAAUCCACAACGUCCAUUUUCGCGAGGACCAGACAAGAUAAAUCAAGAUUUAGAAUUGAUGAUUGAAUUUUUCCUUGCUUGUAUUCGUUUAAAUCCAAAUAAUAAUGAAGUGUUAAAAGUGUGUUUAAACUUACAAACGGAAACCGAUGGACCGAAUAAUCGUGAAUUAUUACUUUGGAUUGAUCGUUUGAUUAUUGUGGAUCCUUAUUUAAUGUUACAUAAUCCAAAUAAACUCGAUCAUGAAACACAAAUGUCUACAUUUGAAUUGAUUAAUGGUCUUGUAUCACUGGUUUAUGAUUCAUCGAUGCCAUAUGUUGCACAUACGACCAUGGAAUCAUUGCUCGUUUUACAUGAAAAAGAAAAUAUUGAAUUGUGGAAUCCGGAAGCAUGUAUCAACACAUUUUGGUCAAUAUCAUCACAAGUACUCUUCUCUAUUUCACAAAAAUUAGUUUUACAUCAAAUUUACAAUUAUCCAUCGGUCCUCAAAUGGUUACGAGAAAUUUUGAUGUUAAGAAAUACAUUUUUGUUACAUGAUAAAGAUAAUGCUUAUUUAGGUUCAAAUAUACCCAUGGCUAAACAUGCACAUAUGAAACUAGAAAUUGUGUUUUUUAUUUAUCUCUGGUCUGUGGAUAUUGAUGCGAUAAAAACAGCUAUGUCUUGCUUUUCAUUAUUUUGUGAAGAAGCAGAAAUUCGUUUUGGUUUUGAUGAAAUGGCUGUACUUCAACUAUUGCCAAAUUAUAACAUAUACAUGGAACUGUCUCAUGCAUCGGAUAAAGUCACAUGGAGAAGAAAUGCACUUCAAAAGAGAAUUCUAUCAUUGUUAAGAAAAAUUGAACAUGCUUCCCAUGGAAAUAAACAAGCAUAG